CCCUGCGGAUGCAGGAGGACCAGCCGAUCUCCCUCGGCCGCGGUCUGUUUCCAGCGCUGGGCUCAGAUGCUUUGAGUGAAUCUAGGAGUCCCCUUCUCAGCACCAGCUCCAGCGUGUUCCACAUCUCUCCGCGCGCUGACUGCCCCGCCUGCAGCACAAGGGCGUGUGUCUGAAGACCGUUUUCAUUUGAAAGGAAAGAUGUUGUCAUCCAGUGAUCAGAAGUUAGAAAAGCUGGAUCCCUUUCAUCGACCUUUGAUGUCCAGGCAGAAGACCAGCGCGGAAAUCAUAAGUGAAGCCCGGAAUGCCUUAAGAGCAGUUAGGACCCAAAGGCCCUUCACACCCCGGGAAGACCAGAGGAAGCUGUUUGGGCCUGCCUCAUCCAGGACCCUGGAAAACAGACCUCCCUCCUCCUUCAGCCUUCAUGCCUCCAGCUUUGAGUUAGCAGAUUCCAGGCCUAUCUCCGGCACCCGUCUCAGUCCCCUCGAGCUGAAGCCCAGAGCUCCAGCAUCUCCUGCCACAGAGGAGGAUGCCCGCCUCUCCUUCCCUAAACCUCCACUGGACCCCGCCAAGAUAAGAAGAAUAAGUGGUGCGCGCGCACGCUUCUACAGGGCUGCAUCCCAGGGAACGCUCCUGCCCGACAGAUCCCAUGCUGUCGCCCACUCAGAGACCACGGAGGAAGCCAAGGAGACUGUUAUCGCGGGGACGUCUAUGGCAAAAAUAAAUGAGACCUAUUUAACAGCGUCACAUUCCACGGGCCAUUUAAAGAGUCAUCCAGUCCGACUUACUUAUGACCAAGGUUUCCAGGAAACCAAAGAGCAAGAAGCGUUGGAGGAACCAUGUCCAGCGUCUCAUCUCCAAAGCCGAGGGGACCAGGGGAAGCGGCAUGCCAGGGCCUCCUCAUGUCCUAGCAGCUCAGACCUGAGCAGGCAGGAAACCAGAUCAGCCUCAAGAGCCAGCUUACAGGGACAGGAGACAGAAACCGAAGUAGACGAAGUCUUUUGGAAAACACAGAUCGAACCGAUUCUGCGUGAAUUAGAAAAGGAGGACAAUGUUGAAGCAAUGUGUGCCGCUUGCACACAGCUCCAUCACACCUUGGAGGAAGGGCGCUUGCUGGGAAAGAAGUUCAGGGGAAGAAGUGUCCUGCUGAAGACGCUGUAUAAACUAGUGGAUGCUGGCUCAGACCCACUCAGCCUUAAACUUGCAAAACUCAUCCUAGCACUUAAAGUGAGCAGAAAGAACCUUCUGAAUGUCUGCAAACUGGUAUUUAAGAUCAGCAGGAGCGAGGAGAACGAUGCCUUGAUGCAGAGUGACAACAUCCUGGAGUCAUUAUUGGAGGUGCUGAGGGCUGAAGACCUGCAAAGUAACCCCGAAGCCUUCUUAUACUGCAUGGGGGCUCUGAAGUUCAUUUCCGGGAGUCCAGGUUUCCUUGCUGAGAUGGUCGGCAAAGGUGCGGUGGAAAUAUUGACGACGCUGAUAAAGCAAACGAAUGAGGACAUGAAGUACGGUGCAUGCCUGCCCAACUGGGGCAACUUGUUAGUCCAGACAACUGCCACGCUGAGAAACCUGGCCGACUCACCUCUGACGAGAAGCAAGCUCCUGAGCCUCGGGGCCUUCCCCCAGCUCUGCACAGUGCUGGAACACUACACGGAUGACAAGGAUGUCUGUACCAACAUCGCCAGAAUAUUCAGCAAACUGACUUCUUACCGUGACUGCUGUGCGGCCCUGGCCAGCUAUUCCAGAUGCUACGCUUUGUUUCUGAGUCUGUUGAACAAAUACCAGGAGAAACAGGAUUUGGUAAUUCGCAUUGUUUUUAUCCUUGGCAACCUGACAGCAAAAAAUAACCAGGCCCGGGAACUUUUCUCCAGAGAGCGAGGGAGCAUCGAGACUCUGCUCACACUGUUCCAGAACUUCUACCAACUUGACCAGCAGUCCCCAGGGUCGGGGCUCUCAGGAGCCAGGCCGCCAGCGGAGACAGAGGAUGUGCUGGUCAAGCUGACCCGCGUCCUGGCCAACAUAGCCAUUCACCCACGCAUCGGCCCAGUGCUGGCCGCCAACCCUCGGGUGGUGGGCCUCUUGCUGACCACGCUGGAAUCCAAGUCACUGGGAGACUGCGAGGAGCUGGUGAUCAACACCACAGCGGCCAUCAACAACCUGUCUUUCUAUCAAGUGAAGAGCUCUGUCCUGCAACACAGAAAGCUGUAUGUUGCCGAAUUGCUCUUAAAGCUCCUGGUGAGUAACAACAUGGAUGGCAUCCUGGAGGCCGUGCGCGUCUUCGGAAACCUCUCCCAGGACCAUGACGUCUGCAAUUUCCUCAUGCAGAAAAACGUACACAAGUUCCUGAUUGCCCUGCUGGAAGCCAGGCACCAAGACAUUUGCUUCUCGGCCUGUGGGGUUCUCCUAAACCUCACCGUGGAUAAAGACAAGAGGGCAAUUCUGAAAGAAGGUGGAGGCAUUAAAAAGCUAGUGGACUGCUUAAGAGAGUUUGGUCCUGGCGACUGGCAGCUGGCCUGCUUGGUGUGCAAGACCUUGUGGAACUUCAGUGAGAACAUCACAAGUGCAUCAUCGUGCUUCGGAGAUGACGACACCAACACGCUCCUUGUCCUCUUGUCAUCGUUUUUAGAUGAAGAAUUAGCCCUGGCUGGCAGUUUUGACCAGGACCUAAAAAGCUAUCAUCGACUCCACUGGGAAACGGAGUUCAAACCUGUGGCACAGCAGCUUCUGAAGCGAAUUCAGAGUCAUCACACGGCCCUGGAGCCCCUGCCCAUCCCUUCUUUCUAACAUGACAGAGGCUAAAGGCAGAACUGGGAAGUCAGGCCUCCCUCAUUCUUGGGAAGUGGUAAAAGCAUGACUGUUCCUCAGUACUAACACAUGUGGAGAAUUUGAGAAUACUGAUUUUAGUGAAUAGCCUACGUAUUUUGAAAGAAAUAAGCAUUUCUUCUUUUUCUAGGAAAAAUGAAUAUAUAUAUUUUUUCUGCUAUGAGAGAUGUGAGAUGGAAAUAUACACAUUUUUAAGACUUCUCUUUCUAUUUGCCUUUAAAUCGCUUAGAAAUAUCCUUAAACAUCCCGAUCUGACUUUGGAAUGAACGCACUUGCCGGUUCACUAGUGAAGAACCGGGCAAUGGAGGCUUAGUUUGUGCACAGGAGGAACGGUCUACAGGAAGGCACGUGACUGUGUGAGCAUCUUUUCCACCUCCUGAUACAUCUAAAAAUAAGUUCCUUGCCUCAGACUAGUAUUUUCUUGUUCUCAGAGUAAGAGAAGGACUAAACAGGAGAGAGAACACUGCGGGGAAGGCUGGGGAUGGAGCUCAGAGACAGAGUGCUUGAUUGCCAGGUUCCAGGCCCUGGGUUUGAUCCCAGCAUGGGAGUAGGAGGAAAUAUUGCUUUAGGUCACCUAUCUUUUUAGAUUUUUAGUUUAAUUUUUUUUCUUCUGUUUGUAUGGAUGUUUGACCUGCAUGUUAUCUGUGCACCCUGUGCAUGCAGUACCACUGGGGGCCAGAAGAGGGCGUCGGAUCUGAGACUGGAGUUCUAAAUGGUUGUGAGCUGUCUUGUGGGUGCUGGGAAUCAAACUCAGGUCCUCUGCCAAGAGCAGCCAGUGCUCUUAACCACUGAACCAUCUCUCCAGAUCCUACUUUCUUUUUUUAUUAGAUUUAAUUUUUUUUUUAUUUAUGUGGAUGUAUAUUUCUGUGUAAGCAUACCCUGUGUGUGUGGAUUCCCCUGAAUUCAGAAGAGGGUGUCAGAUCCCCUGGACUGGACUUACAG